AUGUUCGUGGAUGUGCUUUCUGGACCGAAGACCUGGAAGAGUUGUCGAGUGCUGCAUGUUUCUCCAGAUGGGAAGCUCUGUAUUGUACGCUACACUGACUCCCCAAAUGUGGUCCGAAAUGUCGACAUCAAAGACCGGAUAAGGGCCACUCCGGAGACGUUGACAUUGUACAAUGCCACGCGGUUGGAUGACGCAUCGAUGGCUCCGGGCAGCCCUGUAACAGGAGUCAUUACAAACCUGAAACCGUAUGCUGCCUUCGUGGACAUCAGCUCGGAGAAAGAAGCUGUCCUUGGAUUCACGGAAGCGAAUCUAAGUGAUCUCCGUGUUGGGCAAGGGGUGGAAUGCGAAAUCGCCACGAAACGAGGAGGCAGAUGGCAGUUGGCGCCAAAAGGAACCUUUGGCUUGGAGGAAGUGGCCUUGCAUCGAUUCCACACCCAGGGCCCAAAGGCAGGGUGGCUCGCAGGCCGCGUGGUGGGUGCCGAAAGGUACUGUCUUUAUGUGAAUGUUGAAGCUCCAGGCCUUUCUCACACAGUUUGGGGUGAAGUCUAUGCUGACCAGAUCAGAGACGGCUACGUGGGUGAUGCCCGCUUGGAGUAUAAGGUGGGCGAUGCAGUUCGGGACUUCUCGAGCAGCUGGAAGGUUUGCCUGGACGAAGCACGCCGAGUAGCCCGCUUAGAAGGUGAGACUUGGUACGAUUCUACAGCUCAAGUCGUGACUUCUGGGGGAUUUCUGGUUCUGGCCAAUCUUCUCGAAGAGCCAGUCCCAGCUUUUUUGCCUGGAGCUUGGGUGCCCCGCCGGUUGCGCCAAAGCUUGCGCGAAGGUUCGAAGGUGUCGGUCCGAGUGGCUGAUGUUGAUGUAGGAGGAGGGAGAAUCGUCGUUACGUCGAUGCCCAUAGAAAACGGAGUGCCUUUUGAGGACGGUGGUGUUUAA